CGCGCCGUCGCGCCGUCAUACCCCACCAGACACCCCUCGGCAUUUGGCGCUCUCACACCCGUGCUCAUGUUCAUGUCCAUGCAGGGUCUCAGCCAAGCUCCUUCCAGCGUACGAGCUAUUUCUAACGGGGGUCUCGUGCAGCUCGAUGGCUAAGGCCACGAGAGACCGCGGCCUCAAGUGCACAUCAACGGAUUGCGCUUCCGGCGAGUUACCAGGUCAGGAUAGACAACGGCGUCGGUCAUCUCGGUUCAGGACUAAAACAGAUGGGGAAGAAUUCUCGUCACAAGUGCCUAGAGCGACCCAGUCCAAUUCCAUUGGACCGUCCACGAAGAAACCUUCAUCAGAUGUACCUGAGGGGACACCUCUCGACUCCAAUGAUGCCCCUCUGAAUACCGAGGCGAAUCGGUCUGAGGGAGGCUCCUCUAAGCAACCCGGCGCUGUCGAGGCUCCCAUGGAUUCGUUCGAUGCCCCAACUGCUUCUGCUCUUCCCGAGAAGGCAACCCCCCAGGCGCAAGAAGGUGCCAAGGCCGAGGCCGGCGGAGAGGCGGAAAUUGCAGAGGUGCAGGCGCUCCUUGACCACAGGAUGCUAGAAGAUGACAGCGUAGACUUGCGGGUUCACUGGGCAGGCGAGCCCGCGGAGCAGGCCACCUGGGAGCCAGAGCAGGAGAUCCAGGACGGAGCGAGUGAGCUGCUUUAUAGCUAUUGGAAGAAUGCCGGGGGCCGGACAGAGACCCUCUUCCAGACCAUGACCGAGGUAUAUCACGUCUUCCGCAUUCUCAACCACAAAAAGAAGGACCGCGGCGGCUUUGUGCUCAAGGUCCAGUGGGUCGGCUAUCCCGCCACAAAGGGCAACACGAGCUGGGAGGGCGAGGCCAAGCUCCAGAAAAUCGCGCCCGACUUGUUGAAGGAGUACUGGGACAGUGUUGGUGGCCGCAGUAAAUUCCUCGCCCAGCGGGGACGGACCAAGACAAAAUAAUCGCUCACAGGCGGAGGUGCAUGUUUUUCUCAAAGGGCAGCUUGUUCAUGCGGCUUUGGUCAUUCCAGUUCACAAGGCUCUAGGACUUAUUCCAAAUGUCAAUCAUGUACACAGCGGGCGAAGAAUCCUUAGCGAUGCUGGGA